AUACAUACAGUAUAUUUAGCUAUCAUUUGCACAGAAAAUGUAUUCAUUUUAAGAGAAAUAAAAUACACUUACAACAUCAAUUGUGAAAUUGUGCAGGAGCGUAUGACACAUCUGCCCAAUCAGCUAACUGGCAGGAAAAUACCACGACCUCACUCCACCCCUGUAUGUUAAAACAGGUUUAACUUUACAUGUUAUUCCACUAGAGAACAAGACAGUCCUCUUAAACCUACAAUGAAUAUGCCUAAAUUAUUAUAUCUAACCUUUCUGGUCUUGAUCCUGUGUGGAUUUGGCAGUGGAUUUAUGAUCUCGCAGCCAUAUUCAUCAGUGAGGGUACAGCCAGGAUUCUCCACAACUUUUCAGUGCCAUGUUGAGGCUGAAGGCCACUAUUCAUUUUUUUGGAUAAAAGUUCCUCUUAAAACAGCUUUAGUCUAUAUAGCUACUGUAAAUUCACUCAGGAGUGAUGUGGAAAUGUUUGGCCAAUUUAAAAAUAAUCCCAGAAUCAAUGUUAUUUUGAAAAAAAACAACUUCACCUUGUCAUUUUUGUCCACGAAAUCAACCGAUAUUGCAAUAUACAUUUGUGGAGCACAAGGCUACGAGCAGUUAUAUUUUGGAAAUGGGAGUAAGCUGAUUGUCGAGGAUAUAGCUGCUACUGAGCCAACAAUGCCAACUGAAAAUGAGGAAGAAAUAAACGUACAAUUGUCGGUUUUUGUCUAUGCUGUGUCAGUACUAUCAGCGACUAAUGUCGCAUCAAUAGUUAUCAUCAUUGCUCUCAUUUAUCACCUAUUAAAAAAGAACAAAUCAGGUGUGACAAGACCAGACCAUGGUACAGGUGAAUGUCAUACAGAUGAUGUAAGCUAUGCUGCUCUCACAUUUAGCCACAACCAGAUAAACACCAUACAGACAAGAAGCAGCGUGGACACCGCAGUCAUAUAUGGAGAUGUGCAGCACUAAGAGGGAGUAGCGUUCUAGUUAGCUAAAUAAUCAUUUACUAUUUUACAUCCUGAAUGUUCAUUAUUAAUUUAUAAAUCCCAUUAUAUUAUAUCCAUAAUCAACAUUCAGCUUCCAAAUUUUACAUUUAUUAGCAUGAAUUUCUUUAAAACAUCAAAUGAUUAGGAAUGCAUUCAGUAAUUGUAUAUUUUUGGUUUUGGUUUGGAAUAUUUGUAUAUUUUAAACUGUGACUAAUAUUAUCUUGUUAUUUUAUUUGAAGAAAAGUGGUGUUGCAUUAAUAUAUCUUGUAAUAUACUUUAUGUUUGCAUGUUAUUUUAUUCUGCUUGUUUCUGCCAUAAAACUGUCGUAUACACUUUUUGUUAAGAUUUUACUUUAGUAAAAUAAUAUCAACGAUUCAUAUGGAGGGCCAGGUCUUAUCUUUUUUUUUUUUUUUAAUUGCUCAUAGAAUAAUUUUGGUGAAUGGAUAAUUAACUAAAUCAUUUUAUUUCUGUCAUGACCUCUGACCACCUGCAGUUCUGUCUGGGAAUCAACUGUACCCAUAGAAAUUUUAUUUGUAACUUAAUGUCACAGUCUGUUACAGUGUAAAUAAUUGUUAUGAAAUGUUAUAAAGUUUUGCAAAGACCUACUCAUCCAAAACAUCUUUUAUUUCAAUUAAUUUAAGUCUACAGCACUGUGGAAUCCCUCAUGUUACAUUUUACACACAACAUUCGGUAUUUCUUCCACCAUACAACAGCUAUACAAUCCUAGUACUGAUCUAUAAUGUCUAUUUUUCAAAAAUUUGUAUUGUGGAGCUACAUAUUGUUCAAGGCAUUUCAGUUUAUGACGAACUUCCUUUGGUCUUGCCAAAGUGCCGCUAAAUUCUUCUGAUCACCAAACUGUCACUCACACACACACACACACACACACACACACACACACACACACACACACACGAUUGCUUUUGCAAAUUGCAUGGCAGCUUUACUAAGAAAUUGUCCAUGAUCUACAAAAAUAUCAUGCAGAGGUUAAAAUCACAAUAAACACAAUUUUUUUGGCUAUUAAAACAUGGAACACCAGGGAAAAUAAA